GAGCUGGUUCUGCGAAAACGGAGCGAAAAGUGUAAACACCGCAAACACAAACAAGCGCUUGCUCGAGAGCUGGUUACCGUUUUUGGUGGUGCCAAAAUGGGUCUCGACUUCGAGGUACAGGACUACAUCAAAACCCUCAACAAGCACUGUCCGCCGUUCAAGUGCCCGAAGUGUGAGAAGAAGUAUAAAUCGGUGAUUGGGCUGCAGUACCACCUGAACAACUACGAUCACGACAAUCCAUCACCUGCGACCCCAGUGGCUGCUGCUGCCACCACCGCUGCUUCUGCUGUUGCUGCUGCUCUUAAUACUUCUAAUGCCAGUGAUGCGGGUGGUGGCGGUGAUGGUGAUGGCGAAGGUGGCGGUGCUGAGGGUGGAACCGAUUCGACAGCUGCUUCCGCAGCUGAUUGCAGCACUCCCGGUGGUGGAAGGGGAGCAAAGCCAGUAGAGAGUGUUAAGCCUGCGGCUAGUGAGCGGGCCUCAACGAAGGUUGCGACACCUGCUCGGUCGUCGAGUAACAAACCGAGAAGUCAGAAACGGAAGGUGGGAGUGACACCGAAGAAUAAGAAGCCCGAGGUGCCCUCGCGGGAAGCCCUUACCUAUCUCGAGGCGGAGGAUCUGGUGAAGAUUGAGUUUGGGGGUAAAAGCAUUGAUCUGCCGGUGGAUGAGGAAUUUGCGCUAAUCAGUCUCGAAGAGCACCGGAAGAGCUUCGAUGAUCCGGAGAUGGAGGUUUUUUCGGUGCCGCCUCCGACGGAGCCGGAGGUGACACUGCCGGAAGGGCAUUUCAAAGAUAUUGAGGAUUACACGAUUUGUGAUGCUCCGGCUCGGCCGAAUGCGUAUAUUCGAUUCAUUGAGAAGAGCACCGAAGAGUUGGAUGGAGAGGUGGAAUACGAUGUGGACGAAGAGGACACUACUUGGUUGGCGAUAAUGAAUGAGCGGCGAGGAGCGCAGAAUCUUGGUCCAGUGUCGGUUGAUAUGCUGGAGCUGCUGAUGGAUCGGCUGGAGAAGGAAUCGUAUUUCCAUGCUUCGGUGACCGGUCAGAAUGGUGCCAUUGUGGAUGAUGAUGCGGUUUGUUGCAUUUGUAUGGACGGGGAGUGCCAGAAUACGAACGUUAUAUUAUUUUGUGAUAUGUGUAAUCUAGCAGUGCAUCAGGAUUGCUACGGUGUUCCGUAUAUUCCGGAGGGACAGUGGUUGUGCAGGCGUUGUCUGCAGAGUCCCAGCCGGUCGGUUGAUUGUGUGUUGUGUCCCAAUGCGGGAGGAGCGUUUAAGCAAACAGACCAGGGACAAUGGGCGCACGUUGUGUGCGCCCUGUGGAUUCCGGAAGUUCGGUUUGCCAAUACGGUUUUUCUGGAGCCGAUCGAUUCGAUAGAAACUAUUCCACCGGCCCGAUGGCGAUUGGUUUGCUACAUUUGCAAGCAGAAAGGAAUCGGAGCUUGUAUCCAGUGCAACCGGAACUCCUGCUAUGCUGCGUUUCAUGUGACCUGUGCCCAACAGGCUGGUCUGUGUAUGCGAAUGGAUCAGGUUCGGGGCAAUGACACCCAUCCGGUGGUGGUCCAAAAGACGGCUUAUUGUGAUGCACACACUCCACUUAAUGCAUUUUCUUCGCCUGGUUCUUCCGGUGGGGAAACCGAUCCGCGGGAAGUCUGCAGGGAGAAGAUGAAGAAAGCCCGGAAGAUGCUGGCGAUGAAGAGAACAUCCGUUCCGGUGAUUCUCAUUCCAACCAUACCACCGAAUCGUGUGGAGGAAAUUUCCUCGCUCAUAAACAUCACAAAGAAACCCCAAUUCAUUCAGCGACUUAUCGCGUAUUGGACCCUCAAACGGCAGCAUCGAAACGGUGUUCCGCUGUUGAGGCGCCUUCAAAGUCAGGGACCAGCCCAAAGUGCCCCGGGUGGACGGGGGAAGAACGAUGGCUCACCGGACGCUCGGGAGCUCUAUCAGCAGCUUAAAUACUGGCAGUGUCUUCGGCAGGAUCUGGAACGGGCCCGGCUCCUCUGCGAGCUGGUGCGGAAGCGCGAGAAACUCAAACUUAUUCUAAUCAAAACCAACGAACAGUGCGUUAUGGCUAAACUCAAUCCGAUUGAAGCGGUUCUUCAUCGGAUUAUCGACCAACUCGAGGCAAAGGACGUCCAGGAAAUCUUCCGGGAACCGGUGGACACGGACGAGGUACCCGAUUACACCGACAUCGUCAAACAUCCGAUGGACCUGGGAACGAUGCGACAGAAGCUGAAAUCGGGAUUCUACACGAGCAUCGAAGAUCUGGAGGCGGAUUUCACGCUGAUGAUCAGCAAUUGCCUCAAGUACAACAACAAGGACACAAUGUUCUACCGGGCGGGGGUGAAGAUGAAGGACGCUGGCACGAUAAUUUUCCGCUCCAUCCGGAAGGAGUUGGAGCGUGCUGGGGUGCUUGAGAAACCCCAACCUGUGGCGGCUGUCCAAGGACCAGAGGAUUCACUGGUGCACGAUAUUGAGGCCGAUCUUAGUUUGCUUUCCCAGGAACCUCCCAGUCUGGAAUUGAUCGGGAAACUUCAGCAACAGGUGGCGAAGACCAACGGUAUCAAACAUCCGCUCACACGAUCCAAGAAGGUCAAGCAUAUCAAGGGUGAGAUUGCGAAGAUCAAACGGGCGCUGGCGAGGGAACCCGAAAAGCCGGCCGAAAAACCUGUGUUAGAGCUAAUCAAAAAUUCAGACCUCGUUGUUUCGAAGCCUCCCAAGCUUCAAACUCCUCCUGCAAGCCCGCUGAAGAUUCUCAACAACAGCCCAUCGCCUUCGGGAGUGAAUCGACGGACGGCAGUUCUCUUCACGCGGAAAGCCCAGGCUGCACUCAAAAAGCCGGAAACCCCGUCGAAGGAGGAAGCGGCGAUCGCAGCGACGACAGAACUUCUGCAGAAAACGGCCAAAAAGGUCACUCGUGGAAAGCGUGGGGCACUGAACAAAUCGAAAGCGGCCACGGGCACCAGCAACAGCAACACACUCGGAGCCGGUGGUGGUGGUGGUGCCGAGGGAGGGUUUCUUGGUGUGCCGGGACCAUCGGGCAGCAGGAAAUCAUCCAACUCUCCGGAGAAGAAAUCGUUCGAGGCCAUCCCGGACAGCUUUCGUGUCUAUCGGGGUGGCCAGGAUCGGGAAAUCUCCGACUCGGAUGACAGUAAUCUCAGCUUCACCGGAAGUACCUGCAGUAGUUGUAGUGGAUUCAGUGGCAGCGGGACCGAAUCGGAGUUUGGAAGCUCCAGCAUGGACGACGAUCAAUCGUUCUGCGAUUCGGACAUGUCAACGAGCGAGACGGAGGCUUUCCCGGAGAAACCCUGUAUCGAACCGCUGAAGCUGGUGUGGGCCAAAUGCCGGGGCUAUCCGUGGUACCCGGCGCUCAUAAUCGAUCCCGACAUUCCAAGUGGUUUCGUGCACAAUGGGGUUCCCCUUCCGGCUCCACCGACGGAUGUUCUUGCGCUGAAGGCCAACUACGAUGAGCUCGUGUUCCUGGUGUUAUUUUUUGACGUUAAACGCACCUGGCAGUGGCUACCGGCCAACAAGCUGGAACUGUUGGGCGUGAACAAGGAGCUGGACCAGAGUAAGCUGGUCGAGUCGCGGAAACCCACGGAACGGAAGGCAGUCAACAAGGCGUACCAGGAGGCGCUGCACUAUCACAGCCAAGUUUCGAGCGCGGACGGACCCGCGGGGAAGCUGUAAACACACGGCCAUUACGAAAGCUAUUAUUACCUGUUGUUGUUUUGUGGUACAAUGUCAAACAUUGUUGUAAAGCUAUUUGCAGUGCGGGGAGGAAUCUAUGUUAAGUUGGGGAUGGCCUCGGCACAUUUUUCGCUGCUAUAUAUAUACACACAUAUAUAUACGUUCUGGAAGCUAGGAGGUCUACUGUUUUUUAGGCUACAGUGUACUAUUAUUUAUGAUGUAGAUUUCGUGUUUUAAAACCGGUUUAGUUGACCAGUACGAAUAAACUUGGAUAGCGUUCGAAGACAUUGAA